AAGAAGUUGGGGACGGUUAAGUGUAUUUGGGUCAAGCGUUAAGAUACAAAGCCCAAUAAGUGUUAACCGCAGGAUUUGCCAAAACCCUACUAAAAACUGAAAGGCGUAACCGCCCGGCGAAGCAGAAGCAAGCGGAGACGACAACCAUGGGGGGUGGUGGGAGAGGAGGCAGGUCCCGCACUCAAAGAAAGCAUUUCCGCCAGAGCAGAGAGAACGUGUGGAAGCGUUCUAAAUCUGAUCCUGAUCCUUCUUCCACAGAAAACAAUCCUUCGUGGACUCCUUUCGCCACCGAGAACGCCGCUUUCGAUUUCUACUACAAAGAGCAGGGGAUAGUCGACCCGCAACAGUGGGACCAAUUCGUUGCUGUUCUCCGAACUCCAUUGCCUGCAACCUUCAGAAUCAACUCUAGUAGCCAGUUUUCCGACGACAUUCGUUCUCAACUGGAGAAUGAUUUCGUGCAUUCUCUUCGCGACGAGGUUGGUGAAGGGGGUGAGACUGAGGCUAUUCGGCCGUUGCUGUGGUACCCUGGGAAUUUUGCUUGGCAUUCAAAUUUUUCUAGGAUGCAGCUUAGGAAGAAUCAAACGCUUGAGAGGUUCCAUGAAUUUUUAAAGCUAGAAAACGAGAUUGGAAAUAUCACAAGACAGGAAGCUGUCAGUAUGGUUCCUCCUCUCUUCUUGGAUGUGCAUUCAGAUCAUUUUGUGCUUGAUAUGUGUGCUGCACCGGGUUCAAAAACAUUCCAAUUGCUUGAGAUUAUACACCAAUCAAGUAAAUCAGGAUCACUGCCUGAUGGAAUGGUUAUAGCAAAUGAUCUCGAUGUCCAAAGAUGCAAUCUUCUCAUCCACCAAACAAAAAGAAUGUGCACAGCCAAUCUAAUUGUUACAAAUCAUGAAGCACAAAACUUCCCUGGAUGCCGAUUAAACAGAAAUUAUGAAAGGAUCGAGUUAGAUCACAAUAUUGGCCAACUAUUAUUUGAUCGUGUUCUUUGUGAUGUCCCAUGCAGUGGAGAUGGUACCCUUCGCAAGGCACCUGAUCUCUGGAGAAAAUGGAACACAGGGAUGGGACAUGGCCUUCACAGCCUACAAGUUUUAAUUGCUAUGCGAGGUAUAUCUUUACUCAAAAUUGGUGGAAGAAUGGUUUAUUCAACUUGCUCAAUGAAUCCUAUUGAGAAUGAAGCUGUGGUUGCUGAGGUUUUGCGAAGGUGUGGAGGUUCUGUUGAACUUGUUGAUGUCUCUAGUGAGCUUCCACAACUUAUUCGUCGGCCAGGUCUCAAGAAAUGGAAGGUAUAUGACAAGGGCUCCUGGUUUGUCUCUUAUAAUGGUGUUCCUAAGUUUCGUAGAAGUGUAAUUCUUUCCAGUAUGUUUCCUUCUGGAAGAGGACAUCCCGAUGUUGUUGAUAGUAGCUGUAAUGUUAACGUAGAGGUUGGUACUAAUGGUAUUAAUGAAAACGUUGGAGAUAUUAAUGAAAACGCUGGAGAUGGUCUUCAACCAGUACUGAAUCCUGUGAUGUCUGAAUCUUCUGAGGAAUUUUCUGAUUUCCCUCUAGAGCAUUGUAUGAGGAUAGUGCCUCAUGAUCAGAAUACUGGAGCCUUCUUCAUUGCUGUUCUGCAAAAAGUUUCUCCUUUGCCAGUAAUUCCAGAAAAACAAAAGGUAAAAAUUGAUGAGCAAUAUGUAGGUCCAGCAAACCAGAGUAUUAAUGAUCGGCAAGUACAACAGAUCACUUCACCUGAAAAUGCACAUGAAGAAGACUUCAAAGCAGUUUCAGAGGAAAAUGUAGAUGACAACGAACCCAAUACCCAAGAUAUGGAAGAUGAUCCUGUUGCAUGUGAAGAACAGAAAACUAAGGAAACUCUAGAGCCUGAUAAUGUACAAAACACGAUGAAGAGGGUUCCAGGCAAGAGAAAGCUACAAAUUCAAGGAAAAUGGAGGGGUGUUGACCCCGUUGUCUUUUUCAAAGAUGAAACAAUAAUAAAUAGUAUAAGGGAUUUUUAUGGAAUUGACGAGCGUUUUCCAUUCAAUGGUCACCUUGUUACAAGAAAUAGUGAUACAAAUCAUGUGAAAAGAAUUUAUUAUAUCUCGAAGUCAGUCAAGGAUGUUCUUGAGUUGAACUUCAAAGUAGGGCAGCAACUUAAAAUAACCUCAAUUGGCCUGAAGAUGUUUGAAAGACAAACAGCACGAGAAGGUAGCUCUGCACCAUGUGCUUUCCGGAUAUCGUCUGAAGGAUUGCCCCUUAUUCUCCCAUACAUAACCAAACAGAUUCUGCAUGCAUCUCCUGCAGACUUCAAGCAUCUUCUGAUGAACAAAGAAGUAAAAUUUGAAGAUUUUACUGAUGCCAAGUUUGGUGAAAAGGCAGCAAACCUAUUGCCCGGCUGCUGUGUGGUAAUUCUGAGUUUAGGAAACACAGCUGCUGUAGAGUCUCUCCAAGUGGAUGAAUCAACGAUAGCCAUUGGAUGCUGGAAAGGAAGAGCGAGGUUGUCUGUGAUGGUUACUGCAAUGGACUGCCAAGAACUACUUGAAAGGCUUUUAAUACGUUUUGACAAUGUAAAUGGUUCCUCUGGGCAUGUCCACAAAUCCUCUAAUGAUGAGGAAGAAAUACAACCUGUGCAAGAGUAAUGGUGUUAAAGCUGCUGGGUUAAAGGUAAUUCUUCACUCUGUUGUAACCAAUAUUUAUGUUAUUUAUCACUUACAGAAAUGUUACUGAUAGUGAAAAUUUAUUGUUUUUUAAUUUAAGCCCAUCAUUAUUUUCAAAGAUAGAUAGUCGUUGACCCAUAUUUGUAUCAAUAGGAAUUAUACUAUAGUUUUGGUUUCAUAAAUUGUUUCUUCUAACUGUUUUCCUAUA